AUGCCACAGGGUUCCAGCGCAAUGCCACCGCGGUCCACCGACAUGCCAUCAAGUCUCAUUGGCAUGCUACAGCGGCCAACAGCCAUGGUAACGGAGCCCACCACCAUGUCACCGCGGCACAUCACCUUGCAGCCGCGGCUCAACGCCAUGCAACCGCGGACCAACCCCAAGCAAACACGACCCACCGCGAUGCCUUUGAGGCUCACCGCCAUACCACCGCGGCCAACCGCCAAGCCAUUUAGGACCACUGCUAUGCCACCGCGGUUUAUCGCCAUGCCGUCUAAGUCAACUGCAAUGCCACUGCUUCCCAACGCCAUGCCAUCGCGGCCCCCCGAGACAUCUACUUGA